CUCCCUAAAAGCUCCCCCCCAGGCCCCAUGUCCCCCGCGGCACGUGUGAUUCGACCUCAGCGUGGAGAUAGCCGAGCUUUGGGGUUUUUUAACUCUCUGUCCUCCUCAUCUGAUCCCAGAGCCACCGCCAUUGUUACUGUAAUGAAAAAUGCUCCUCUAACUCUACUUCGGUUCUCUUAUUUCCUUGUUCUUUAUCUCGAGGGGGAGUAAGAGGAGGAGAUUCCUUGUUCUUUAUCUCGAGCGGGAGUAAGAGGAGGACAUGGCUCUCCUUGAGCGGGUUUCCCACCUGUUCCUGUCGAUCCUUCUUCUCUUCUCCUGCGGCGUGGCGUUGGGCGCCGUCAGUUGCAGAAGGAACCCUAUUAUCUUCAACUUCGGCGACUCUAACUCCGACACUGGCGGUCUUCUCGCUGGCUUAGGAUUAGCUGUCGGGCCACCAAACGGGCGAGUUUUCUUCCGCCGUUCUACUGGACGGUUCUGCGAUGGACGCCUCGCCAUUGACUUCCUCUGUGAGCAUCUGAAUGCAGCAUACCUCAGCCCUUACUUGGAUGCGUUGGUGCCAAAUUUUUUCUCUGGAGCGAAUUUUGCUAUUGCUGGAUCAGGGACUUUGCCUCCCUUUGUUGCUUUUUCCUUGAACAUACAAGUAUUGCAGUUCCUUCGGUUCAAAUCUCGUAUUCUUGAAAUUAAGAAAGAACAUGGAGAACAUCCAAAAUUUCCGUUUAGUGAGGAUGAGUUUCAGCAUGCUCUUUAUAUGCUGGACAUUGGGCAAAAUGAUCUCUCUCAUGCAUUCUCUGCAAACUUAACUUAUUCACAGGUUAUUGAAAAGAUACCAACCAUAUUGGAGCAAAUAAAAUCAGCUGUUGAGAGCUUAUAUGCGAAUGGGGCUAGGAAUUUUCAGUUACAUAACACUGGGCCCUUGGGAUGUUUGCCUCAGAAAGUUUCAAUGUUUGGUGAAUAUUAUACUGCACAUGACGAGAAUGGCUGCCUCAAUGUCUUCAAUGAUGCAGCCAAGGUUUAUAAUACAGGCUUGAAGAAACUUUGUGCUGAGCUAAGGACAAACCUUAAAAACUCAACAAUUGUUCACGUGGAUAUCUACAGUAUAAAAUAUGACCUUAUAGCAAACCAUGCCAAAUAUGGCUUUCAGGAUCCGUUAAUGGCAUGCUGUGGAUAUGGUGGCCCCCCCUACAACUUCAAUGACAAGGUAAGGUGUGGACAGACCGGCAUCAUAAAUGGAAGUGUUGUAAGAGGUGAAGCAUGCAAGGAAGCUUUGAGCUAUGUGAGUUGGGAUGGAAUUCAUUACACAGAAGCGUCAAAUGCGAUAAUCGCUUCGAAAAUCCUCUCUACUAACUAUUCUGAACCUCAAACGAGCUUUGAUUUUUUUUGCCAGAUUUAGUUCUUAGUUGGAGAUCAAAUAUGUGCUUUUUGCCCUACUCUAUAUACUUUUUCUCCUUGUUAUUUAUGCAACAUUCUUCACGAGUUUUAUUUGAUAUGGCCAUUUACGUUUAGUUUGAAACUA